AUGUCUCUUGGGUUAUCUAAUGAUGUAAAAUUCAAUGAAUCAGUACCACAUUCUAAUUCUACUAUUCAAGGCGUACAACAUCAUUCAACUUGGCAUCCAACAAUUGUAUCUAAUCGUGAUCAUCCUAUGCCUUGUACUUGUCCAAAUUGUCAUCAAUCAAUUCUAAAUAGAAUCGAAAAGACGAAUGGUGUAAUUAUAUGGCUUUCUGCAGGUGCACUCUGUGCAUUCGGAUGUUGUCUAAUUCCAUUUUAUAUUGAUAGUCUUAAAGUAUGA